UAUAAAUUGAUGCAUAUGAAAUGCAUUCAGGCAGGCUACGUGGUGACACAGGAGACAAUCAGGAGAUUGCUAAAAAUAUUGGAUCCCUGUGGAGUGCAACUGAGACACCGGAACCGUCUUCGGCGACGUAUGUAUCAGAACCCAGGCCCGAACUUUUUUUGGCAUGUGGAUUCUUACGACAAACUCAAACCAUAUGGAAUCUGCAUCAAUGGUGCAAUAGACGGAUUUUCACGAAUGGUGAUUUGGCUACAUGCAUAUAGCACCAACAGCGAUCCCAGGGUAAUUCCUGGUUACUUUACUGAUGAGGUGCUGUCAAAGAAUGGGACUGCCACCCGGAUACGGUCCGACCUGGGGACAGAGAACUGUUAUGUGGAGCAGAUGCAGAAGUUCAUGAGACAUGAUCAUUUGGAUGAAUUUUCAAAAAGAUGCUACCUGUAUGGUUCAAGCAAUCACAACCAACGGAUCGAGAACUGGUGGGGCUUUUUAAGGAAGCAACAUGCACAGUUUUGGAUGAAUACGUUUCAAGAUCUAAAAGACUCUGACUACUUCUCCGGUGACUUCCUUGACAAAAAUCUCAUACAGUUUACAUGUCUUGAAAUGAUAGAGAAAGAACUGCAGGACGUUGUUCAAGUUUGGAACACUCACAGGAUUCGCCCGUGCAGAAAUGCAGUGUCUCCAGGAGGACGUCCAAUGAUGAUGUAUACCUUUCCAGAACUAUUUGGUGCCAGGGAAUACAUCAAAGAAGUAUCCCAUGAAAAGAUACAGGCUUGCAGAGAAGAAUGCCUUCAGAGGGGACCAUAUCCCUGUGAUGAUACCAUUUUUGACAUCUGCUGUAUGGCAAUGGCAGAAAACAGCCUCCAUCCACCCACCUCACCUGAGGAGGCCAUUAAAAUUUACAAAUUCUUGCGCGCUUAUAUACAAGCCCAUAUUUAA